AUGGGGAGUGCUGAAGCUGAAGAGGUCCAUCAGAUUUGUUUACAUUGUGUCAAGCUGGUCAGCCCUGUAUUCUCUCCUCUGUUAGUCACUGGAGGACCACCCCCAGAAGGCAAAGGCUUCGUGGGAAAUCCAGUGAAGAAGGAGGAUAUUUUUGUUGCAGUAAAAACAUGCAAGAAAUUUCAUGGUGAUAGAAUCCCCAUCGUAAAGCAGCCUUGGGCGGCGCAGGCAGGUCGCAUUGAAUACUACAGCGAUUACGCAGACAGUUCUGUUCCAGCGGUGGAUCUGGGAAUUCCUAAUACAGAGAGAGGUCAUUGUGGAAAGACAUUUGCCAUUUUGGAAAGAUUUUUGAAUCACAGCCAUGACAAAAUAGCAUGGUUAGUCAUUGUGGAUGAUGACACAUUAAUAAGCAUCUCCAGGCUCCAGCACCUGCUGAGCUGUUACAACGCCCAAGAGCCCGUGUUUCUGGGAGAGCCUUAUGGCUACGGCCUGGGCACCGGUGGCUACAGCUACAUCACAGGAGGAGGAGGGAUGGUCUUCAGCAGAGCAGCAAUCAGGAGACUCCUCGCCAGCAAGUGUCGCUGCUACAGCAAUGACGCUCCAGACGAUAUGGUCCUGGGGAUGUGCUUUAGCGGCUUAGGAAUCCCUGUGACACACAGCCCUCUCUUCCAUCAGCAAAUACCAGGACUCGUGUGUUUUCAGUGA